AAAGGUUUCAGAACUAGUUCUGAUUGGUUAUCACUAACAGGGAAAUUAUUCCGCGUUGCUAUGGUUACAUCACAUGUAAUUAAAUAGGGGUCGGCCAUCAUGAAAAACACCGGAAGUAAGAAGAAACACCCUAAAAUUUAAAAAUAUUCAAAUAUACAGCUUACAGCGCCCUCUAGAACUAGAAAUGUUUCUCUUAGAUCAAAAAUGUCAACAUAACCUAUGUAUUUUGUUCAGUUUUGUUUUGAAUAACUUUAAACAUUUAAAAUGAAGAUAAUUUAAUAAUUAGACCGAUUUCCACUUGUUUUUAUGAUUAGAAUGGUAGAUUAGGAUGUGCAACAAUGACUGAAGAAGCUGUUAUUGAGAAUUUUCAUGGGGUUUAUUUAUUAUAUUGCAAAAAUCCUAAAUAUUUGGGUCGAACUUACAUUGGUUACACUGUAAACCCAAACAGAAGGAUAAAACAGCAUAAUAAAGGCACUCAGGCAGGUGGAGCACGAAGAACAAGCAAAAAGGGACCAUGGACAAUGGUAAUGAUAAUUCAUGGAUUUCCUAAUGAUAUAGCAGCUCUAAGAUUUGAAUGGGCAUGGCAACACCCAACAAUUUCUCGUCGACUCAACAAAGUACAACGUAAGAAGCCCCGCGAGAAAGUUUUCGACUAUUGUCUUCGCAUUUUGAGUGAAAUGCUACGCGUUGGACCAUGGAAUCGCCUGCCAUUAACCGUCCGGUGGCUGGAUGAGUCUUUCAAACAGAAUUUCGCACUUGAAAGACGUCCACCUCUUCAUAUGCCUAUAGUUGAAGGAACUGUGAUAAGUAAAAAGCUUUCAAAGUCAAAGAAAACACAAUUAAGUCAACCAAGUCAAGCAAAUCCAGAGAGAAUUAAUAUUUGCAGCAUUUGCUAUGAAAUAAUUGUUAAAAACAAGCUGGAAUGUAUCAAUAAUGAUUGUAGUAUGACUGCACACUUGAUUUGUCUAAGUAAAUUGUUUUUAAAGCCUGGAGAAUUCGUGCCAAUUGUAGGAAAAUGUCCGAAAUGUGAUGGAGAGUUUUUAUGGGGUGAUCUUAUUGGGAAGUUGAAAGGAUUUUAUAGAAAUGAGAUGAUUACAAUCAAAACAACAGAGAUUGAUGAAGAACUUAGUGACAGUGAUGAAAAUUAACCUAAAAACCCUUGAUUUUUACUGAUAAUUCACAAACUGUUGCAGUUAUAGGCGUAAUUCUCAUACACAACGA